ACCGUUAUUAUGGGACGCAGAAGCAAGGGAGGUCCACGAACCUUAGUCAUGCAAAUCUCAAGCAAAAAAAGAAGAAAAAGACUAAUUAAUUAAAUAAAGAUUUAUUUUCUUUUAUCAUUUGCAUCCCGCGUUUCAUUUCAUUUUAAUGCAUUUUAUGUAACACACAAAUAGCUUCCCUCUGUAUCCCUAGUAUUAAUUCAUAUCUGCAGUGACAGGUAAGAAAAUGUCUUCUUUCCCAAUCUUCAUUUGCCAAAUCCACACAUACUCACCCUUUUCAAGUAUAUAAGUAUAUUAUUACUAUUAGCCUUCUAAAUAAAGAAUGAUCCUUGAAACUUUAAUGUUCAAUUUUCAUAAAUGAACCUCUUGUUAUUUCAUAUUUGAUACUACCAGUUUUAGCUUAAACACCAUUAUCAUCAUCUGGGAUUUAGCUGGAUUUCCAUGAAUUUCUAAUUUGAUUAGAGGCUUUACAUUUAAGGAUUCCAUCCAUAUGAAAUGUGCUGCAUAAUAUAAGUUUCAUCUUGAUUCAGAAUUCCUGUUCCUUGUUUUUUGGUUAGGAAAGCACAUAACUGUCAAUGUUUUGUAGAGGGUCAACAAUUGUUAUUCAUCCAAAAAGAUAAAAGAAAAAAAGUGGGGUGUUAAGAAGAGAGGUUAUAAGGGUGAGUGAGCAUCCAGGAGUUUCCAGAGAGAGGAGAAUUAAGAGAAUGCAGAGAGAGCAAGAGAGGGAGAGGAGGCGCAUCCGUGACAGGCAGAGGAGACAAUCAAUGACUCGAGAACAAAGGGAAAGACAUCUUGCAAGACGCCGCAGAAACUAUCAGCUUCGAAGACAAAGAGCUGCAAAUGCUCAAAUUCCAUAUUCUCCUGUUCCUCAACUUCAACUUCUAGAAUCAAGUGCAGGUGAAGCCAGUACCAGUGAUGAGCUUCAAGUUGUCACUUCUUCUACCUUUCUAGACUAUGGAGUCCUUUCUCAAGGCAUUGUUUCCCCUCAUCAUGGCCUCAACCAAGGACAAGAAACAUUACAUUUUGGAACCAAAGUUCUUGAAGGAUCAUCACUUCCGUUGGAAACUCUAGUUUAUAAACCAGCCAAUUCACCAAGGAGGAUGCGUCUGAAUCAUAUUAAAGGUCUUAUGCGAAACCGGACACAUUCAAUAGAUGAUCCUGCUGUUACUCACCAGUUGGCAGCAGAGUUGAUAGCUAAGGAAGAUCAAGAUGUAUCACUUGGUAAUUUUGGAAGCACACCAAAAUCCAUGCGUUUGAACUGUGUGAAGCGUCUUGCCCGGUCAAAAAAUUCUCCUCCCAAAGAGACUGCAGAUCAAAAAGACCUUAAAUUGCCACCAGAAGGAAUUCAAGUACUUGGUAACGAGAGCUUCAUAGCCUCUAACUAACUUUCUGAAAUGAAGCCAAAUAGUUCACUCAAAGGUAAAUGCCUAUCAAGUCUUUUGAGGAAUGUGAGUUAGCAUAGCAAUUUCCAGUGGACACUGACAGAAUAUUCUUAUUGAAUAAAUGAUGGAGAAAGCACGCGGGUAGCAAGAGAUUGAAAAUUUGGUUCUUGAAGAUCAGCACCUUGGUGAACUGGAUGGGGAAAAGAAUCUUUCUAAUACUUGGUCUUUAGCCUACAAAGAUUUUAAAAUACAUAGUUUAAAAAAUUAAUUAUUUACUCAUGCUAGAUUUCUCAGUCUGUUAUUUCAUUUAACUGUCCAUUUAUUUUCCCCAUUUUCUUGUAUACGACACUACCGAAUAAUUUGUGGUUUAAGAAAAU